UCUCUCUCUCUCUCUCUCUCUCUCUCUCUCUCUCCAGCUUGUUGGCAUUCUUAUAAAGCAAGAAAUACAUCAGAAGCCAAUAACAUUCGCCAUCAUUCGUCAAAAACCACAGGAAAAAACGUUGACGAAACCCUAAGAGCAUUCAAUAAGAGAUGGGAAGAGGAAAAAUUGUGAUCAAAAGAAUUGACGACACAACAAGCAGGCAAGUGACUUUCUCGAAGCGCAGAAAUGGAUUGCUCAAGAAGGCCAAGGAACUAUCAAUUCUUUGUGAUGCCGAAGUCGGAGUGAUUGUCUUCUCUAGUACCGGGAGGCUAUAUGAAUUUGCAAGCACUAGCAUGAGAUCGAUAGUCGAACGAUACGACAAAGAGCAAGAGGAUUACCAGCUGAUGAGUCCAACUUCAGAAGCCAAGUUUUGGCAAAGGGAAGCAGAAACCUUAAGGCAAGAGCUGAAAUACUUGGAAGAAAGCCAAAGACAACUAAAGGGUGAAGAACUUAAUGGUUUGAGUGUCAAAGAUCUGGAAAAUCUAGAAAGCCAAUUGGAAACGAGCUUGAAGGGUAUCCGGACCAAGAAGGACCAACUUUUAACUGAUGAAAUACAAGAAUUAAACCGCCAGGGAGUUAUUAUUCAUCAAGAAAGUACGAAAUUGUAUAAGGAGGUUAAUGUGCUGCAAAAAGAAAAUGCAGAAUUGCAAAAGAAGGUUUAUGGAGAAAACGACAUCAAUAGCCACAAAAGAAGUUCCAUGCAACCACAUGGUUUUAGCACUGGAUAUGAGUUAGAUGGACCUAGAGAUCUGCAGCUAUGCCAACCGCAGAACUAUGAAACGCCAGAAAAUGCAACAAACUUACGAUUACAACUGCCUUAGCAAGCAAACCACUGCAGAGAUGGUAGUAUAUAUCCCUCAACAACUUGUGCCAAAAGUGACACAAAUUAUUAUUUACCAGUGUGUGACACAGCGGGAAGAGCCAUUCAGCAUUAAGUACUCUCACAUGUGCGAGAUACGAACCCCCCACCAACUUGUGUAACUUUGGAAUAGUUCCUCAAUUCUGUUAUCACGAUUUAUCAACUGUAUCUCCAGUAGUUUAUUUGCAUCCUAUUUAUCCAGAAAAGUUUCCCUUCAAACGAUCAACUUUUUCAUGAGCAA